UGAGGGUAAAAUAAUAUCAUAAGAUCUCGACAAGUUGAAUCAUCAUCGAUACUAACAGUUUUUUCAUGUUGUGUAGCUUUUUAAGGAGGAAGUGAUUGUAUGGUUGAAAUAUUAUUCUUUUCACUUUGUCACAGUAAACCCUGUAGAAAUAUACCAAGUCAAAGCACCUUGGUUUCAAACUUUCUGUAUAGAAAUAGCUUUUUUGGUGCUGGGCGGACUUUGGUUCGGUGGUCGUCUACACGAACAAAACUUGCUCUUGUGUUUUACACGAAAAUGAACGUACAGCUUUCUACGGAAGAGUAUUUUCAAGUUUUGCCAAAGGGAGGAGUAGCUUCAGCGAAAGGUUUUAAAACAGGUGGUGUGGUUGCUGGAUUGAAAAGCUCAGGACAACUGGAUCUGGCACUCGUACUUUCAACUGUAGAAGCUUCCGUGGCGGGAGUGUUUACCAAGUCGAUUGUUAAGGCAGCUCCUGUUUUACUUUGUGAAAGAUUCUUGAAGGAUACAAAGGGAAAGGCUACUUGUAUACUCAUCAACUCUGGACAGGCGAAUGCUGCAACAGGGGAAGAAGGUUUGCAAGAUGCCUUGGAUAUGUCAGAUAUUGUUUCUUCUUGUCUUCCAGAAAUACCACCCACUCAAGUUUUGGUAGCUUCUACAGGUGUGAUAGGGAAAAGAGUCGAUCUUGCUCGGAUAAGUAAAGCCGUUCCCAGCUUAGUAACCAAGUUGGGACAUUCAGACGAACAUAAUAUGGAGGCAGCAAGAGCCAUAAUGACCACAGAUCUUGUUCCAAAGUAUAUUUCGGUUCAGUGGGAAAGUAAUGGUCGAGUUGCUACGUUGGGAGGUAUGGCAAAGGGAUCCGGUAUGAUUCAUCCCGAUAUGGGAACGAUGUUAAGUUUUUUGACAACGGACAUAGCCAUUGACUCAUCUUUAUUGCACGAAAUAUUACAGAGAGUUGUAAACAAGUCGUUUAAUGCGAUAACAGUCGAUGGUGAUACUUCAACAAAUGAUUCUGUGUUGAUUAUGGCAAAUGGUUUGUCCAGAGUGCCUGUUGAAGAGAAUAGUCCUGAAUUGAAAAUUUUCGAAAAGGCUCUGAUGUGGUGUUGCGAGUACCUUGCCAAGGCCAUCGCAAGAGACGGUGAGGGAGCAACCUGCCUUAUUCAAGUUGAAGUCAGUGGUACAAGUACAGAUGAAGAUGCACAAAGAAUUGCCCGUAAGGUAUCAUCUUCAACUCUUUGGAAAGCUGCAGUGUAUGGAAGGGAUCCUAACUGGGGCAGAAUCUUAGCGGCUGCUGGUUCUGCAGGAGUGGAUUUCGAUGCUAAGCAAGUUUCUUUAUGGUUGGGAGAAUAUCGUUUGGUAAAAAAUGGUUUGCCUUUGAGUUUCGACAAGGCAACUGUGAGAAGUUAUAUGCAGGCAGCUGCGGAAGCAAAAUAUCUUUCAGGUGAAGAUCAAGUGAAUGUUUAUUUAAAGGUUGGUGACGGGUUCGGAUAUGGUAAGGCCUGGGGUUGUGAUUUGAGUUACGAAUAUGUUCGAAUCAACGCAGAAUAUACGACAUAGUCGAGAUAACUCUCUACUACGAAG